AUGGGACCUUCAAAUAAACUAUUAUCAAUCUUAUUUCAACUUCCAGAUGCAAAAAUAGUAUCUCGAAGUCUGGAAAGUGCUCGAAGCGCUUUAAUGAACACUUUCGUACUGCUUAAUUUAGGCUUAAGUCAUAUUGUACGUCAGGAAAUAAUUGACCAACACACAUCAGCAGUAGCACGUCAGCUAGCAUGUGGUGGUGAACGUGAUAAAGCUAUAUUUGUCGUUGAUGGUACAUAUAUAUACAUACAAGACGAUGUUGUUGUUGUUGACAGAGGUUUUCGCGAUUCGAUUAACACAAUGGAAGGGUUUGGUUUAAACGUAACUUUACCACCAUUUCUCAAUGAUCGUCGCCAAUUUGCAACUGAUGAGGCUAAUGAAUCAAGAUGUGUCACUAAGAUUAGAUGGGUAGUUGAAGCAGUAAAUGCUCGACUAAAGCAGUUCAAAUUCUUUUCGAAUACAGUACAGAACUUGUCUAUACCGCAUCUCGAAGAAUAUCUAUCAAUUGUGUGUUCCAUCAUUAAUAGAUAUCGAACUCCUAUUAAAACAUCUGCUUUAGAAGACAUUGAAAUCGCCGAGAAAAUGCUAAGUUUAAAAAAGGCAACACCAACUGAUCUGAAUGGAGCUGUAAACUAUGAGAUUUAUAGGUGUAACGAUUAUCCAAACAUCAUAUGUGUUCCAGCUAGAUCUGUUCAUGUAAAUCGAUUAACACAUAAUCCCAUUAUUCAAUUUACACCUGACGAGGUUUUGGAAUGGUGGCGUGACUGCCCCAUAGGUAAUGGACUUUUGGGAUGUUACAGUCACGUCGCUUCUGCGAUAUGGUUUCUAUCUUUUCAACGCUGGCAACUGAACAGUCGAAACAUGCCUUCAGGAAAUUUCAUUAAGUACGUAACUGAUGCUCCACAAAUAUCUGACUUUUACGAUACAACUGAUGAUGAAACGGACGAUCGUCAUCCUUAA